GUUAUAAUAGGUUUCUAUUUGGUCGGUAGUGAUGAUGAUGAUGAUGAUGAUGAUGGCGAUGGCGACGGCGACGAAGCUAUUAUAUAGAUAGACAACUAGUAACAGUAAACACAACUUGUGUCCUGUCCAUCUAUGGACUAAUUUGCAGUUGUAGUUACAGGUUUAGACCUAACAUAACAAUAAAGAAUUACAAGAUGUCCGUUGCAGAGCUGAAGGAGCGUCACUUGGCGGCUACACAGACCGUUAACAACCUCCGCGACCGAUUAAAGCAGAAGCGCCUCUCUCUUCUCGACACUGACAUUUCCGGCUACGCCAAAUCACAGGGGAGAACUCCGGUGACCUUCGGACCCACCGAUCUGGUUUGCUGCAGAACCCUCCAGGGUCACACCGGCAAGGUGUAUUCAUUGGAUUGGACUUGGGAAAAGAAUCGAAUUGUUAGCGCCUCCCAAGACGGUAGGCUAAUAGUCUGGAAUGCGCUGACGAGCCAGAAGACUCAUGCCAUCAAGCUUCCUUGCGCAUGGGUCAUGACCUGUGCCUUCUCUCCAACCGGUCAAUCCGUCGCGUGCGGCGGCCUCGACAGCGUCUGCUCCAUUUUCAAUCUCAAUUCCGCCGCCGAUAGGGACGGUAAUCUCCCCGUAUCGCGUAUGCUUACCGGCCACAAGGGUUAUGUCUCCUCUUGCCAGUAUGUUCCUGAUGAAGACACUCACUUAAUCACUGCUUCUGGUGAUCAGACUUGUGUUCUUUGGGAUAUUACUACUGGUCUUAGAACCUCUGUUUUCGGCGGUGAAUUUCAGUCUGGUCACACUUCAGAUGUGCUUAGCAUUUCAAUUAAUGGAUCCAACUCUAGAAUGUUCGUGUCUGGUUCUUGUGAUUCAACUGCCCGGUUAUGGGAUACUCGUGUGGCAAGUCGCGCAGUGAGGACAUUUCAUGGGCAUGAGAGAGACGUUAGUGCUGUCAAAUUCUUCCCUGAUGGGAAUAGAUUUGGAACCGGCUCGGAUGAUGGAACUUGCAGAUUGUUUGAUAUCAGGACAGGGCACCAACUCCAAGUAUAUCAACAGCAGCAUAGUGAAAAUGGCACUGCAAAUGUGACCUCCAUAGCAUUCUCCAUAUCAGGAAGGCUCCUUUUUGCUGGAUACACUAAUGGUGAUUGCUAUGUUUGGGACACUUUAUUGGCAAAGGUUGUAUUGAAUUUAGGAUCACUUCAAAACUCUCAUGUGGGCAGGAUCAGCUGUUUAGGUUUGUCAGCUGAUGGAAGUGCCUUGUGUACAGGAAGUUAUGACACAAACUUAAAGAUAUGGGCAUUUGGAGGGCAUAGGAAGGUGAUCUGAACCAUGAAUGGGCAAAUACUUGUACUUUUUAGCUCCCCAUCAAGGCCACUCCUUGCAUGCGAUGUUGUUCAUCUAAAUCCAGAUGUGAGUGAUGUUUGAUUGUGAUGGUAGAUUUGGAGACAUUGGUAUUGCAGUAAUGCAGAUGUAUGUACAAGACAAUAUGGGGUGCAUAAGGUAUACCAAGUUAAGGAUACCGGUACAUAUUUCUUCAACGUUUUUCAAUUAUAUAGUUUUUUUGUUUUAUACUUUAAAAUUUAACUACGUUUGAAUUUUUUUUUAUAAAAAAAGAGACAAUUUAAAUUCUAAAUGUAAUGCUUAGUAUAAAAGUCUUGUGUAUACAAACAAAAUAUUAAAUUGUUGGUAAAAUAUAAUUUAUACAAAUUCUAUA